AUGAGGGACGCCCUCCAGAUCUCCGCCUUGCCGGAGGAGCCCAAGUUCGAGCUCCCCGUGGACUCGGAGCACCGCGCCAAGACCCUCAGGAUCUUAGAAAUCCAGAAAAUGAGGGAGGCCCUCGAGAUCUCCUCCUCUCCGGAGGAGCCCAAGUUCGAGCUCCCCGUGGACUCGGAGCACCGCGCCAAGACCCUCAGGAUCUUCUCCUUCGCGGGUCCCCACAUGCGUUCGUUCCACCUGGCCUGGCUCUCCUUCUGCACCUGCCUCGUCUCCACGUUCGCCGCCGCCCCGCUCGUCCCGAUCAUCCGCGACAACCUGGGCCUCACCCGCUCGGACGUUGGGGCCGCCGGCGUGGCCUCCGUCUCCGGCAGCAUCUUCUCUCGACUCGUCAUGGGGUUCGCGUGCGACCUCGUGGGCCCACGUUACGGCUGCGCCUUCGUCAACCUCCUGGUGGCACCCGUCGUGUUCUCGGUUGCGCUGGUGACUGACGCGGGCGGGUACGUGGCGGUCCGGUUCAUGAUCGGGGUGUCCCUGGCGACGUUCGUGUCGUGCAGCUACUGGACAAGCGUCAUGUUCGCGGGGCCCAUCAUAGGGACUGUCAAUGCGGUGGCUGCCGGGUGGGGGGACAUGGGGGGCGGGCUCACCCAGCUCAUCAUGCCGUUCCUUUUUCAUAUGAUCAAGGUGGCGGGGGCCACGCCGUUCACCGCGUGGCGGAUCGCCUUCAUGGUGCCGGGCUGGCUGCAUGUCAUCGUCGGGGUCAUGGUCCUUACUCUGGGCCAGGACUUGCCGGAUGGGAACCUUGCCGCCCUGCAAAAGAGUGGCGAAGUCGCCAAAGACAAGUUUUCCAAGGUAUUCAAGCAUGCUGUGUCCAACUACAUAACGUGGGUGUUCUUCCUCGUCUACGGUUUUUCCAUGGGAGUCCAGCUCUGCUCAAACAAUGUUCUUACCGAAUACUUCUAUGACAGGUUCAACCUGAAGCUCCACACCGCGGGAACAGUAGCCGCAGCCUUCGGCAUGACCAAUUUCUUCGCCCGGCCCCUUGGCGGCUACGCCUCGGACAUGGCUGCCCGGAGGUUCGGGAUGCGUGGCCGCCUGUGGGUGCUGUGGGUGUUCCAAACUCUGGGGGGCAGCUUCUGCAUCUGGCUGGGGAAGGCCGAGUCCCUACCCCUAGCCGUACUGUCCAUGCUCCUCUUCUCGAUGGGGGCACAGUCCGCCUGCGGUGCCACCUACGGCAUCAUCCCCUUCGUCUCCCGACGGGCCCUGGGCCUCAUAUCGGGCCUGACGGGGGCAGGUGGCAACUUCGGGGGCGGCCUGGCCCAGCUGGUGUUCUUCUCGUCGACCCGGUUCUCUGCAGGGGAGGGGCUGACGUACAUGGGGAUGUUGGCGGUGGCAGGGACACUGCCGGUGGCGCUGGUCCACUUCCCGCAGUGGGGGAGCAUGUUUGUGGGGCCGUCGGAGGAGUGGACGGAGGAGAGGUACUACGAGGGCGAGUGGAGUGAGGAGGAGAGGGAGAGAGGGCUGCACCACGGGAGCCUCAAGUUCGCCCACAACAGCCGCACCGAGAGGGGGAGAUCAAGGGCCGUGGUCGCCGCCGCUUCUGGGACACCCGGCUCCACCCCGCUCCAUGUUUAG